UCUGGUGAUAUAGCAAAGCUUCUUCAACACUUUGAAAAAGAACGCACUAAGAAUCCUGAUUGGUACAUCCAACCAUUAAUUGAUUCUGAGACAAAUAGAUUACAGAGUGUAUUUUACAUAUCACCUGAACAACAAGAACUUUGGCAGAGCUAUGCAGAUAUUAUUUUAAAUGAUAAUAUAGCAUCAACCAAUACCUAUAACUUACUAUUAAGCAUUUUUACUAUUGUUCAUCCUAGUACUUUUAUUAUUGAUACCGAUCUGGAUCUUGAAAAAUUUCAUGUUAUUCAAAUAAAUGAAACAAUGAUGUAUAAUAGUCAAAAGGUUGAUUUUAAUGAUUUAUUUUAUUUGAUAUUGGAUAUAGUAGAAAGUGGGCCAAUUGAACUCGAAUAUGACUUUUGUCAAAUAUAUUUUGAUAGGCUUCUUGAGGAGUAUAAAGAUGAAAUGAUGAAUAUAUCAGUUAUUGAUGAACCAUUUGUCAAAGAAAAGUUACAAGUAUAUAAAGAUACAACAUUAGAUGCAUCAAGCAUACUUUUGUUUUCAACUGUUGCUGAGUCAUGGAAUGCUAUGUCUAUUGAAACACCCAAACAAAUAGCUGAGAAAGUAAUUGGCCAAAGCAAUCUAUUAAAGGAACAUUAUUUGGACUUGCAUACAAAUGCAUAG